GCAGGUGCAGGAAAUCAGAAUUUUGAGCUGUUUUUUGCAUUUCUGAAGAAAUAUUGAAAGAAAAUUUGAUAUUGAAGUUCCAGUCACCCUUCCCCUUCCUGCCCCCAGGCCGUGCCCCCUUCCCACGUGCAGGCAGCAGCUCUGAAGGGGUUUGUGCUGUGUGACAGGAAACAUCUCCUUGGUUAAAGCAGUUCACGUCUUCAGGGUUGUCCUUGCUUCUCAGAGCUGAGCUGGACUCAUUUUUAAAGCAAUAACCUAAUUGCUUGUGCUAAUUAGCAGAGCAGUGCAGAAUUGAGGUCAGCUUUUCUUUGCUGUCCCUUUGUGCUCCCGUUCCAGCAUUUCCCACUUGCUGCACUUCCUCUUCCCAGGCUCUCAGGAUGCCACCCUUGCUUGGAUGCGGAUGUUUUCCUGCUACCUCAACUCCCCUGACCCAUUUUUGCCCUCCCGCACCACCAGGAAAGACAAAAAUGUGCCCAAAUUCCCAUUCUGCUGGAGAGAUCCUGGCCUGGAGAGGUUCUUCCCACACCAACACAACCUGGCUGUUCCAGCUGACCCAAAAGAAAGGUUUUUCAUCUUCCUGGACAGGAAAACCUUGAAACUGUGGGAAGAAGUUGAAGCUCAGGUUAAUACUUCAGCCAAGAGGAGAAUGGUGUUUUUAAGGAAAAAUCAAAAGUGCAGAGCUCUCAUCCUGAGCUUUGGAUUCUGAUCCUGAGCCCUGGGAUUCUGCAGAUCCAGGAAUUCUGGAAAUUCUCUCUGGAGUGGUGGUCAUAACCAGCAAGGACACGGUGCAGCACCAGGGAAUCUCCUUAACCAUGGAGGGCUCAGUGAAUCUGCAGCUCAGUGCCAAAAAUGUGGGGGUGUUUGAGGCCUUCUGCAACACUGCCAAGCCUAUCCAGAUUAUCAACAGCACCAUUGAGAUGGUGAAACCAGGGAAGCUCCCCAGUGGCAAGACAGAAAUUCCCUUUGAAUUCCCGCUGCAAAUGAAGGGCAACAAGGUUCUGUAUGAGACAUACCAUGGAGUCUUUGUCAACAUCCAGUACACCCUGCGUUGUGACAUGAGACGUUCCCUGCUGGCAAAGGACCUGACCAAGACCUGUGAGUUCAUUGUCCACUCCCUGUCACAGAAAGGGAAGCUGCUGCCGAGCCCUGUGGACUUCACCAUUACUCCUGAAACUCUGCAAAAUGUUAAAGAGAGAGCCUCCCUGCCCAAAUUCCUGAUCAGAGGGCACCUGAACUCCACCAACUGUGUGAUCACGCAGCCGCUGACGGGGGAGCUGGUGGUGGAGAGCGCCGAGGCGGCCGUCAAGAGCAUCGAGCUGCAGCUCGUGCGUGUGGAGACCUGUGGGUGUGCUGAGGGCUAUGCCAGGGAUGCCACGGAGAUCCAGAACAUCCAGAUCGCCGACGGCGACGUCUGCAGGGGCCUGCCCAUCCCCAUCCACAUGGUGUUCCCCAGGCUCUUCACCUGCCCCACCCUGGAAACGACCAACUUCAAAGUGGGAUUAUUUUGUGUCUUGUACAAAGCACAUGGAAACAACUGCACUGAAGCAGCAAACUUACAGCACUGUCCUGCUUCCUCCAUCUGGCUUUAGGUGCAGCUCCAGCCUUGCCCCAGGGCUGCAGGUUCGGCUGGGAGGGGUUUUUACUGCUGGAGGUGUUGGGGGCGAUUCCAUCCAUGGGCGCUUCCCUGGCCCGUGCUGGGGGAGCAGGGCCUGGGGAAUGCAGGGCUCUGCCUGCUGGAGGGGCCUGCACAGAGCAGAAAGGAGCUGUGUUCUGGGGCUGGGCUGCCCCAUCUCCCACGGCAGGAGCAGGAGCAGCUGCAGCCCCAGUACCUUGAGCUGCUGGUCCAGGAUCAGAUCCGUGGCCCUGCUGAGGAUUUCAUCGGGGCUCAGGCUGCUCCCGUUCCUCCUCUGCACCUUCACGAUGGAGCCCAUGAGCUCUGAGCUGCAGGGACAGGAGAGGCAGGGUCAGGGGGGCCCUGGAGAGCACUGCAGGAUCAAAGGCAGCAGCUUCCCCAAGGAUCUGCUCCCAGUGACCCUCGGGAUCCAGGAUGAAACCCUGAACAACCACCACGAUUAUGGAAUGGGAAAGACCUGAAAGCUCAUCCCAUGCCACCCCUGCCAUGGCAGGGACACCUCCCAGUGUCCAGCCUGGCCUUGGGCACUGCCAGAGAUCCAGGGCUGGAAUUCCAUGCCAGCCCUGCCCACCCUGCCAGGGAACAAUUCCCAAGGUCCCCUCCAGCCCUGCCCUGUGGCAGUUUAAACCAUUCCCCUUGUCCUGUCACUCCAUCCCUUGUCAGCAGAACAAAAUCAGUUCUUGCUGCCCUUCAUCCCUGGCUGCUGAGCCCUUGUUUCACAGCACUCCUCCCACCCAGUACCUGCUGCAGUUUGGGAAGAUACUCUGGAGCUGGGCUAAAACAUUUUCAAUUCUUUUUGGAAGCUUUUUGUUUGUUGGAAUUCUGGAAGGCCUCGGCUGCAGAGCUGAGGGAUCCUGGUGGGUCUGGUUGGGCUGGACAUGCUGGGAGUUACUUCCAGAAGUGCCUGAUGGGCAGGAGGGUGAGACUUUAGUGGAAUGUGACCCCUCUGGAGCUUUGGGCUGUGCUUUCCCAGGUGCAGGAGAAGCCUCAGAGGUGGCAGGGGCUGCCUUGGCUCCGGUCUGUGCUUGCAGAGGAGGCUGGGCUGGAGCUUUUCCAUCGGAGCUGGAAAAUGCAGGGAGGGCACAGGGGAGUGCAGGUGCUGAGGAAUAGGUGACAAUGGCAGGGUCACACACUGGAGCUCUGCCUGGCAUUGUCUAGGAAACAAACACAUUUCACAGGAAACAGUGAUUAAAACAGAUUCAGCAUUUGCAGUGGGAAUUGGGGCAGGUUUGGCCGUGCCCAGGAUCUCAAAGGUGACACCAGCUUAUCUCAAAAACUCCCUGGCAUCAGGGCAGUUGUUUGAUCUCAUGGUUAUUGCUCUUCUAAAGGGGCAAUCUGGUCUUACUGCAGAAAAAAUAAAUUCCAAAUGCAGAACAAGAGGCACAAAAGUUGCUCUUUCCCAGAAAA